CACAAUAUUAUUAGGUUCCAAGAAAAAUGUGAUAUGGAUUAUGGACUGAAAAAGGUUGUACCAUCAUCCAGAUCAGAGACUUAAACCUUUUUACUUAUUUUGAACAAACUUUUUUAUUUUUUCCAAAAAAAAAAAAAAAAAAAAAAAAGGCUGAUCUGGGUUUAAUCUUCCUAUUUAAAUAUGAUUAGGUGAGAGUGCUUAUAGAAAAUGGAUAUUCCUUAUUGGGAAAUUGUGGGAAGAACUGGGAUGAUUAGGUUAAAAUAGUUUAGAAUUGAUAAGAUUUUUUUUUUUUUUUUCAUCAUGUUGUGUUGUGAAAGCGUCUAAAAGUCCUAUAAUUGGGAUUGGUUAUAAACUUAUGAAAUUUGGUGUUUUUUUUUUUUUUUUAACAGAUGGGCUGUGAAAAAUUAAUAAAUGGGUGGAGAAUGCCACUUUUAUAUUGGUUAUCAGAAAAGUUACCCUACUACUGCCGAGAAAAGUAUAAUGAAAUCGUUGGUGAACUUUGGUUUUUCUAUGGAUUGGUGUCUGCUUGUUCUGGCAUGUGCUGCUUCGUUAUGAUAGAAGGCAUAAGAAAAGUUUUUGAGAGGCAUAUGAAUAUUGGAUCUGCUAUCUUACCGAUUGGGCAGAUGAUACUCUUACAAAGUGUACACAAAGCAUAUAUUCGACGCGAAUUAGGACAAAAUUCUACGUAUGAACAUCAGAUUGGAUGCUCUGCAAAAUCCGCAACGUGUCUGCUACAUCUGUGUGCACUUUUUAUUUUGUCACACUUGGUGGAGGAUAUUUACUACGGCCUUUUAUGGAUAUCGUUUACUGCUGAGUACUAUGUGUUUAGGGAGCUCCUCUAUGGUUACCGUGACUUCAGUUUAUGGGACGCGUUACUGGAAGUUUUGAUGCAGAUUAUUGUGAUUUCUCAAAAGGACAACAACGUAUGUCUCAAGAUUGUAAGCUUGAUGAUAUGUGGUGUUGCUGUUUACUACCGGCAUUGUUCCUAUUCACCUUGUUGCAACUCUCGGUCAUCAUCCCAGGAUUGCAGAAGGAAAAUGAAGUAGAUUAAGAUUUCAGUCAUCUCACUUGGUUUGUUUUUUCUUUUCUUUUUUUUUUUUUUUUUUUUUUUUUCGGAUUUACUCUUAGCGACAGCAGCAGAUGAUUUUACUCUUCUUGAUUUUGCUGUGUGUCUAGAAAUCAGGAUCAAGUAGAAUAUGCAACCGAAAUCCUAAUUUUGGACUUCCUGUGAAUGUUCAAAUGAUGAUCUUUUCGUGUUGAUUUGGAUUUGUAGAAUUUGUGGCAUGAUUAUAGUCCACAUAAGUUGAUGGUUUUUAGAUGGUCCCGAUAUCAUUUUUUUGGGGCCAAUCACUAGUAGAUUUGUAAGCGAUUGUGUCGAAGAUGUGUAAACUUCUUUCAGCCUUUUGCUUACGUGUCCAAUUUGGUCUGGGAUCAUCUAAAAAUAUCUUCUUUAUUCGUCUGUCUUCAAUUCUUACAAAUUUUGUUUGUAUUUUGUGUUGUUUCUAGGCAUUGGAUUCUGCUGCAUCUUAGAAUCUCAGUGAAAGAG